AGCAAGCCUUGGCCUUACAGCGAAAGAGCUAGCGUGAGACCAAAACAACCAAAAUAAGUUACGUGAAAUUAUAAAUAAAAAAUAAGGAAAUAAUCGUUCAGCGCUCGACUAGCACGAAACUACAAAUCAACGCUCCAAAAAACUGACAACAUAUUACAAUUUUCGCCUCGUGCCAUGUGAGCAACUUCAAAUUGAAAUCGUACCGGAUCGGAAAUCAGUGUGUGUGCGGGUGGUGUGCUAAUUAGCGGAAGACGGCAAUUUAUUGAACGCGAGAGAAACAAAAAAAUCCCCACAAUAUAACUUCUAUUUCGACACGAAACCGAAACAUCAAAUUUUAAAUCCAUCGGAUUGUGCAUCAAAUGAAUGUGCGAAAAGUGCUAUAAAUCAAUGCUUUUGGCCGAAGCGGAAGAAGCAGAGCAACGGAAUCAGCCCCAAAACAAAAACAAAGAGAACGAGUUCUAACGGGACACCCAAAACUAAUUGGCACUACAAGAUUUUCUCGCCCGUUCUAGUCCUAGUUUAAUAUCUAAAAAAAAUGGACGAGGUCUUCAGCCUGCACAUGGAGAAAUUGGACGUUUACGACGUUCUCCUCUUGGCCGGCAUUCUGUCCGUGAUAAUUCUAAUCUGUAUUUAGUUAAAAUUUGAUUUGAAGUCAACACAAAAUGAAGCAGAAAACACAGCAGCGACGUAGAUUGUUUUGUUGUGAAAUUACACGAAAAAUAACAGCUGUUUUUGCAGUGUUGCAAAGUGCGCUGUGUACACUGCCCGACAAUGAUAAGAUUUGCGGUAUUAUUAAAUUAAUUUAAAAAAAAACUAGUAAAUUUAAAUUUACCCAUAAAUAGCCUUGGAAUGUCAAUCAAAAAUUGUCAACAAUUUGACACUAUUUGGUUUGCUCAGAAUUUUGUUUUAAUAUUUAUCAACUGUUUAUACAAUUUAUUUGUAAAGACUGAUUUCAUAUACGUAGUUGUAGUCUAAAGCAAUAAAAUUAAAUGAAAUGUAAUACGUAAUAGUCAAUAAAUGAUUUGAAUAAGAAAAAGUUUAAA